UUUGAUUAGAAGCUUCUAUCAAGAUAUACUGAUAAUACAAGUAUGAAGAAGUACUGCCACUGCCGAAGAUAUUAGAAGUAGCUCGUGUCUUAGGUAUAAAAGACCUCACUUCAGAGCGAUGAACCAUUCAGAAUACCAUGAAGAGGCAAAUAUUACUAGCAUGCUUGGUGCUUGGCAUCUUGGGCUGCGCCAUGGGUGCAGAUAGGCCCAUUUCAGAUUGCGGUGAGCGUAUCGAGAACGAUGGGUAUCCAAUGGAGCGCCACAAGGUGACAACCUCAGACGGCUACAUCUUGACUAUGCAUCGCAUUCCAUACUCCCCGAAGACCGGGAAUACGGGCAACCGUCCGGUUGCUUUCUUGAUGCAUGGUAUGCUGAGCUCAUCUUCGGAUUGGGUGCUGAUGGGACCGGGCAAGGCUCUGGCCUACAUCUUGUCCGAUGCUGGCUAUGAUGUUUGGAUGGGCAACGCCCGUGGCAAUACCUAUUCCAAAUCGCACAAAAUCUGGCCCACUUACGUGCAAGCCUUCUGGAAUUUCAGCUGGAACGAAAUAGGCAUUUACGAUGUGCCUGCCAUGAUCGACUAUGUUUUGGGUGUAACCGGAGAGAAGCAAAUGCACUAUGUUGGUCACUCGCAAGGCACCACUGUCUAUCUGGUUAUGAUGUCUGAGAAGCCUUCGUAUAAUGAUAAGGUGAAGUCGGCACAUUUAUUGGGUCCAGCAGCCUACAUGGGAAAUAUGAAGAGUCCCAUGACACGUGCCUUUGCUCCAAUUAUGGGUCAGCCCAAUACCAUGGUGGAACUUGUCGGUUCCAUGGAAUUUAUGCCCAGCAAUAAGUUCAAGCAGGAUCUGGGCAUUGAGAUGUGCCAAGCUACCUCGCCAUAUGCCGAAAUGUGCGCCAAUGAAAUCUUCUUGAUUGGUGGCUAUGACUCCGAACAGCUGGACUAUGAACUGUUGGAGCACAUCAAGGCCACCUCACCCGCUGGUGCUUCGGUUAACCAGAACAUUCACUUCUGCCAGGAGUACAAUUCAAAAAUGUUCCGCAAAUUCGACUAUUCAGUGGUUCGCAAUCCCUACGAAUAUGGAAGCUAUUUUCCACCUGAAUACAAACUACAGAACGUUAAGUCCCCAGUUCUACUAUACUACGGAGCUAAUGACUGGAUGUGCGAUAUCAGCGAUGUUCGUAAGCUGCGCGACGAACUUCCAACGAACGCAAUGGCACUAGACUACCUUGUUCCGUUCCCGAAAUGGGCCCACCUUGACUUUAUCUGGGGCACAGAGGCCAAGAAAUAUGUGUAUGAUGAGGUCCUUAAGCAAAUUGAUUCUUACAAUUGAAUUUCGUGUAUUCAAAAUCAAUAAAAUGCUCCGAUUUUCUUUACACUCUA